GCGAGGCGGCGGGAGGAGUAAAGACCGCCUGCUGCUGCUCUGCUGCUCCACCAACGGCACGAUCGGCGGCUAAUAAUGACGAAGUGUGAACAGGCAGAAAUGAAGGAGACGAACACACUGCCACGGUUGCGAGAGUGCGAGAGCGUGGUUUAACGACGCAGUCGAUUUGCUGGAGAGCUGGCUGUUUCGUCUCGGUGGCUGAAACUUGGGCCCUCGUCAUGGAUUGAGUUCGAGCUCUACAACUUGAAUCCGGGGUUUCGCCUUCUGCCGGCCCGACCAUCUUUUCUUCAGGCCUUGUUUGUUCAUCCACCGCCAGAUCCCACUCAACACACCAGGACAAAUUCAACCCACCAACAACGCCAAAUAAUGUCGUCCGACCGCCCCGAGUUAAAGACUUCGCUCCCCUCGAUUCAUGCCGCAUCGGCCCGACAAUCAAAUAAUACAAGCCCGCCAAAGUCGAGAGCCAGCAAUGCCCGUCGCUCGCCACUAAAGCCCAAGCAGAAGCCCUCCAAACCAGAGACGGACCCCCGCCAUCUGGCAAUAGCUCUACACCAUGCUCAUCGCAUUCAGGCGCAGAAAAAUGCCCAGGACCUCAUCCUAGAUCGCAUCCUCGAGCUCCUCACUCUCCCGUCUUCUCAAUCUGCAGAUCCUGCCGCCCCUUCCGCUGAAGAUACUGAGAAAUUUAAGACCGCUUUAAUACCCUUUCAGCCCGCUGACUACGAUAAUUUGAUACAAGAACGGAACAUCGAAGGUCUCUGCGGGUAUGGACUCUGUCCUCAUGAGCAUCGCAAGGAGAACUCGAGGGGUACGUAUCGAAUAACCUGGGGCGCUAGAGGAAGCGGUCCAGGCGGUCGCGGACGGGAUAUGAACAUUGUCCCGCGAGAGAAGUUUGAGAUGUGGUGUUCUGAUGAGUGUGCCGAGCGAGCAAUGUACAUUCGAGUACAGCUGGCCGCAGAGCCGGUGUGGGAGAGGCGGGGAGACGACCUACGAGGAAAGCAACUCCUCUUACUUGAGGAAGGCAGGACAACAAAGGGCAAAAGUGCAGUGAGAGACUCAACGAGCGUUAAGGAAGUCCUUGGUCAGUUGGACAAUCUUCACAUGGACACUACACCAGAGCCGAGCGCUGUGGCAGAUGAAAUUUCAAGACUGUCGGUCAAGGACGAUUCUCGCUCGCGAGAACUCGCUAUGGAGCGCGGCGAUCAAAACCCAGCCCUUCGUGCCGGUAGGGUCGAUGUUCAGAUUCAAGAGAACACCAAUCCCAACAGGCCCAUCACUUCGCCAGAGAUGCGACCCGGAGACGAGAAAGGGGGCUCCAUUGAAGGAUAUUUGCCGCAUGAAGCGUAAUGUUACAUAUAUAUAUAGGCGGCCGAUGGCUACAGCAGGCCAGGCUUUCUGCGCCAUUCUUCUUUUACGUUGCUUUGAGGCGUUCUACAGGCGGAUACCCAAAUGUUAUUUAGGCACAGCAUACAUACCUUCUAAUGACCUUUAGACUGUCAUCCCCAAAGCAAAUGGGGAGUGCUCCAGUAGGGAAUGUAGCAGGAAAAUGGACGCUAAACAAGCAGUCCAUCAUUUCCAACCCCC